AGUAAGUUCCACCGCAGUUAGAGUUCCGGGUGUUUCGUGUGAGGCGGCGCUCGACAGUUCCGUCUGCUUCAGCCGCAGUGUCUCCCUGCCCGUCUCGUUGCAUUCUCCAGAGAGGGGACGGACCUCCACUUCCUCUUUCAGAAAAAUGUCUGCUCCAGCUCAACCGCCUGCUGAAGGGACAGAAGGAGCUGCCCCUGGUGGGGGUCCUCCUGGUCCUCCUCCCAACAUGACCAGUAACAGGCGGUUACAGCAGACCCAGGCACAAGUGGAGGAGGUGGUGGACAUCAUGCGUGUGAAUGUGGACAAGGUCUUGGAGAGGGACCAGAAGUUGUCAGAGCUGGAUGACCGGGCUGACGCCUUGCAGGCCGGAGCAUCACAAUUUGAGAGCAGUGCUGCCAAGCUAAAAAGGAAGUACUGGUGGAAAAACUGCAAGAUGAUGAUCAUGCUGGGAGCUAUCUGUGCCAUCAUCGUGGUAGUGAUUGUAAGUAAGUAUCGCUGAGGUCGCUGAUGGGGUGAAGAGGUGGGAAGGUCCUGGAGACUUCUCCCAGCCCUGCCUGCCUGCCUGCCUGCCUGCCUGGGGAGUGGGGCCGCUCUGCAGAGGUAUGGAGACGGCUACUGGGGGAUCGUCGUCUGGUUUGGGAGGGAGGAAGGGCAAAAACAAGGACAUUCCUUGAUGGACAAGCCGCCCCCCUGCAAAGGAUUGUGGGAGAUUGCCCCUUCUGCUGAGGAGGUGGGUUGAGCUGUUUGCCACUAGCUUGGGUCCAAGGGAGACCUUGGGGCUGGGGUGCCUGUUACUGAGAGACCUGAAUGUCUGGUGAUGUGCUGUAACUUGCCCUCUUGUUCUCUCCUGUCUCUUUUUUCCUUCUCCGUCUGGGACUUGCUGGUUCCUGUGUCCAGUCUACUUUUUUACUUGAGAAUGUGCCAUCCCUUCCCUGUUCUCCAUUGCCACCCAAGCUCAUGUCUCUUCCCCUCUGUUUGCUUUCUCAACAAACUCCUCCAUCCUCCGUUCUCCAUCCUGGCCCAGGCUUCUCCAUGACCCUUCCUUUACUGUUGCGUUCAUUUGCACCCUUCCUCAAAACUAGAAAUGCUGCUCGUGGUCCAGUCCUGAAGUCACUACCCGAAGACAACGGCUGGCACCUCCUCCUUACCCAUUUAUCGUGUGCCUGGAGCUUAAAAGAGUUGUGGCCAAAGGGAAGGAGGGGGCCGGGAAUGGCAGAGGUGAAGUGUCUGAGAAGUUAGCAUAGCUGAGGGGAGGAGAAGGGUAUUUGUGUCCAUGGUGUCUCCAAGAAAGGCUGGCCUUUGGCAGGAGGGGAGCAAGAAUAGUUGGGAAGUAGUAGCUUGCUGCCAGUGCAUGUGUAUAUGCACAUGUAUAUGUACAUGCACAUGUAUAUGUAUAUAUUAGUUGGGAACUGUUGUCCUUAUUUGAAACUUUUCUCCCAUACCAGGCCUGCCUUUGGUCCCAGAGGUCUGUUUAAAGACCAACUUCAAAUCCCUUUUAGAAAAAGUCAGACUUGUAUUUUGUAGCUACUCUUUACAUGUCAGUACAGGAUUUUCUGUGUCUGUGGGGAACUUUACAGCCUUUCGCUCGCUUUGUUCUCUGUAGGCCUAGGAAAGGCGUACUUUCUGGUUGUAAAAACACCAGGACACUCUUACCUUCUCCUAGAAGCCAUCCCACAUGCUUCUCUUCAUGUCACCUGAAGCAUUUGAUGUUAUUCAUGAAGGCACCAAAUAAUUUCAGGGAAUCAGGGGCUUGGAAAAUAACAAGCUUUCAGGAGUGUGCUUCUUGCCAUCUCACUAAUGAAAGGCCUGUCCCUCCCUUGUUGUUGAUCACGAGAAAUGAGAGCUGCAUGGCAAGACUCCCAGGCUGCCACAGAACACUUUCCUCCACACUACCCUGUAUGUAACACGGGGGGAGGCAGGAGGGCCUUUCCAGAGUUAGAGAAGUCCACUGAUCCCGCAGCUCAGUUUUGGAUAGGAGGGUCCAGGCUGUGUUGGUGUGCCGUUGCGCUGCUGUGCGGCAUGGGCCUCGCAUCCGCAGCUGCCUGCCACUCUUCCGUUAGUUCUCCCUGCAGCCGCUGUGCCCAUCCAUUCUGCAUUGCCUCCUGUCUUUCACUCCCUUUGCAUGCUGUGUUUGUUGGAGCCGAGGAUAGGAGCUGCACAGUCUGUCUCGGGGGCUUCUUCUAGUGUCAUGAUAGGAUCCCGCAUGGGACAAAGCCAGGUGCCCGGCGGGUGGAGGGCAGGGUGGGAAGAGGAGGGCAAUGUUCUCAGACCUCUAUUCCUUCUGUGCUCUGGUCCACAAACUGGAGGAGGCAGGGCCGUGCUAGGCCGGGGGUCCACUUCCCACGCAGCAGCCUUUCGUUCUGCAGAGCCAUCGAUCCUUCCUUUCCCUUGGCCCAUUUUCCACCUUCCCUUCGUGCUGCCUCAGGGCAGGGCUGAAGAGCUGGAAGAAAGCAGUCAGUGUAGCCUCCCAAUGUCCCCCGAAGGUCUCCACUCUGCUCUGGGCUUCCCUUUGCCUAGUGCAGGGAGCCAUCUCUGGAGAAGAAGCAACACUGUCCUUGGUGUGUCCCAAGCCUGGAGCGUAUGUUCCCUGUUGGCCCACCCAGCCCCAGCACGGGAAUUAUUUCCUGGGUUUCUGUCCAUCUAAGGCUUAGGUGUAGUUGGCAUUCGUUCUUCUGGGGGUGUUAGUCCUUCUACUUUCUAUCUCACCUCACCCUGAACCCCCUUCUGUGUCUCUGCAGUCUUCUCUCCCUCCCACCACCCAUGUGCAUGAGCAAAUAUGCAGCUAACCCUGGGACUUUGCAGUCAGUUGAAGCCAAGCUUCCCACAUCUCCUCUUUGUUUGCCAUGGGAUGAUGUGGGGCUUCCAUCGUGUCUGUCAUUACCUCUGUCUCUUUCCUAACCCAGUCUCACAGUUUAUGUAUAGUAGUAAGAGUUGUACUUCCACCAAAGGCAUGUGACAUAUUUACCAAUCUCAUGUAUUCUCAACAAAGGCGAAAAAUACAAAUUCCUACCACAACAUUGACUUGAUUGUUGUUUGGGCUGUGCUGGGGAGGGGGAGAGGAAGGUGGUGUCCUAUGUUGGCUCUAGGCCAGAAGGGCUGAUGUGUGUAUUCUUUGUUCUUCCUGGAGAUUAAAGUCUCUGUGUUGGCAGCGGAA